ACGGGAAGCGCGAAAGCGGCGCCUAAUCGCCCACUAGAAGCACUCACAGAUUCGCACCGCGUUGGUUCAUACAUUAGACAUCGCUCCGGAGCCGCACGAGGCUUGCGCGCUCCACUAGAAGCACACACGCGAUUCACCCAGCAGCCUAUCCAAACUGCUGCGCACAAAUCCGCACGAUGCAUGGAUAUAAGUGGAUAUAAGUGAUGGGCAAGGAGCGCGGCGGCGGCAGCACGUUCUUCGCGGCGCUGCUCGUGACCUGCGGCAUCCUCUCCUUCGGGCUCCUGGAAUGGCGGCUCUCGAAAACUCUGAGCCACCACCCCACGCGACACGAGGGCGACGGUCCGUGGCUGAAACCGCGCGUCUACCACCGCCGGAGGAAUAGUGAAGGCGUCGGCAGCGGCGCGUCGUCCGCGGCCGCGGCCGAGGCCGCGGCGGCGCGCGCGGCCAGGGCCGCGGACCGCGCCUACGCGGCGUCGUUGACGGCGAAGGACGCCGCCGGACAAACGAGGGCACAAGUUGCCGAAGAGGACGCGGCCUUCGCGGCGCACCUCGCCGUCGUCCCGCCGCCCCAUCGCCGCGCCAAGGUCCCGCACGCGCCAAAAGCGCGGAACCCGCUGCGCUACUGGACCGCGACGCAGUCCGCCCGGGACGCCGAGCUGCUAAGGACCGGCAAGGUGCCUCCCGUGAAGUCGGAGCCGGAGACGUUUCUGACUUUUGUGCCUGACGUCGGUGGGUUUAACAACGUGCGCCUGGCGCUGGAGAACGUGCUGGUCAUCGCGCGGGCCACGUCGCGGACGUUAGUGCUGCCCCCGCCGCAAACAUGGUACAAGCUUGGUGAUAAAAUACAUGCGUUGGAGGAGUUCUUGCCCGACCUAUUGACUUCUCAAAGAGUUUCAGUGAUCACCGCGCAACAUUUCGUGGAAGACAAGCUGCCGAGGACGCACGCGCUACCACCACCAUCAAAUGUCGUAGACGUCGUGAAGGGGUGCCACCCGACGCACAAGGCUCCCGACUCGUGCUUCGUCUGGUAUGCCUGGCUCGAGGAGCAUUUUGGGCGUAACGAGGUCAUCCCGGACGUUGGUCUAACCUGUCUCGUCUUCGGUUCACUGAAAACGAACAAGUGCGGCCCCAAGACGUCGUCAUUUACAACAAAACAACAAGCCCACAAUCGAACUUUGCUAGAUGGCUACGGUUUGUAUGGAGCGGCCGAGGGCCCGAUCCUCCACAUGCGUUCGUCGGGCCAGGCCACGCAUUUUCAUGAGGAGAUCGAGGCCAAUAGGAAGGGUCGAGCAAAGGACAAAAAAAUAAAACCGAUGGAGCCCGCGAGAUUAGGGAGACUAUUAGCGCCGUUCUACGCCUACGUCAUCUUCCCCGAGCCUUCGGUGUCGAACUUCUACAAGCGUUUGAUACGGGACGUCGUCCACUUCGACGACCGUAUAUAUAAGUGCGCCCACGUUAUAACAAGGUGGCUCGGUGACUAUUCGUCAUUACACGCGCGGCGCGGCGACUUCCAGUACUCUUCCCAAGGUACUGAGGAGGUCGUGCUGCGAAGUGUGAAGCGGGGCGAGGUGUUGUGGAUAGCGUCGGACGCGUCCUUCCGGUCAUUCAGCGCUUUUGAGAGAGCGGGCCGGCCUGUUGUUUCUUUAGCUUACUUGCUCGAUCUACAACGGCGCCAAAAGCGGCACAUCAUCAUCGAGCGGCGCCUGGACGGCCUGUCGAUGCCGCCCCACGAGGUCUGGGCGGCGCUAGAAAAUAUAAGGGAGCACGAAUAUGGCGUCGUGGACGUCUUGGUGGCGGCCGAGGGCCGGACCUUCACGGGGACAUGGUUUUCUACUUUUUCUGGGUUGAUCCAGAGGAUCCGCGGCUAUCGCGGGAAAAAUGAUAGAGACACGUUCUUCUCUUCUCGAGAACGGUGGGCGGCCUUCCAGGGCUUCGAGAGCCCCAGGGCACCCUUGUACCAGCGCGAGUGGCCGGCGGCGUGGCGCGGCAUCGAUUCUGACAUAGAAGCCGCGCCGUUAGCCGGCGAACGUUCCUAUGAUAGGGACGACGUCUGGCAGUUACAAAGAAGGUACCCCGCGCUCGAUUCGAAGAGCUGGCACCCUCAAACCGCCUGCGACCUCCCUCCUAAAAUGCGCUACUGGUCGCCGCCCGAGACCUCCGACCUAGAUAGGCGGUUGCUAAAAGACGGCCGCGUCCCGCCCCUCAACCGCGACCGGUUCCUGACCUUCGUGCCCGAUUUAGGAGGCUUCAACAACGUCCGCUUAGCCCUCGAGAACGUCGUGGUCUUGGCUCGCGCGACGGGAAGGACACUCGUCCUGCCGCCUCCCCAAACCUAUUAUUUGUUCACGGCCUGCAAGGAGAAGUGCGCCUUCGGGCUGGAGGAGUUGCUGCCGGGGUUACUCGCGAGGAAAGAUUUGGUUAUUACGGCUCGGGAAUUCUUCUCCGAAGAGGUCCCGCGACUCAAGGUCGAUCCUCCCCAACAUUUGAGCGACGUCGUGGACCGCUGCACGCCCACGAAAAAGGCGGGCGACUCGUGCUUUCUGUGGUACGACUGGCUCGAAAGUAAUUUCGGCGACCCGGAGCACUUCCCGGACGUCGGGCUGCAGUGCGUCGUCUUCGGGAACAAGUCAGAUGAUGGCAUCGCGGACUUCUGCGCGCCGCGCACGCAGAUCAAUGGCGCCGUUGCGCGGCAAGUUGUGGAUGGCGACGCCUACUACGGUACAAAUACACCAAUCUUGCAUCUAAGGACGUGCGGCGUCGCGACGCACUUCCACGACGCCUGGCACGGCAAGCCCAAGGGGGAUAGGACGGUGGAGCCCGCGCGCAUGGGCCGCUUAUUGGCGCCGUUCUACACGUAUAUCUACUUCGCGGAUCCCGCAGUGAACAACUUCUACAAGCGACUCGUCAGAGAUGUGGUAAGGGUCGACGAGCCGCGCGUCACGUGUGUUUCCGGAAAAAUUGUGGAGUGGCUCGGUGGGAAUUAUGUAAGCGUCCACGCGCGGCGCAACGAGUUCCAGUUUGUGGAAGCGAAGACCGGAGUGUCAGAUGCGGUGCGGAGGACCAUGCCGGAUUCUACUUCUACCGUCUACGUCGCGACGGACGAGAAGGACGCGACGUUUUUUGAUGAGUUGCGAGCCCAUCAUCAGGUCGUGUUAUUGAGUGAACUACUGGAGGCGGCUCAAAAUGUUUCGCGGGGGCUCGCGCUCCGGUCCGGGAACUGGCCAUCAAAAAGUGUUCUCCUGGCACUCAACCGCAUCAACGGCAACGAGCUCGGCUUCGUGGAUGCGUUAAUAGCGUCGCAGGGUACCGUUUUCACGGGCGCCUGGUUCUCGACCUACACCGGUCUGAUAAAUCGGUGGCGGGGCUACGGCGGCUUCCCUGAUCAAAGUUCGUACUUCUCGACGCCGGGGCGCUUCAACGCGUUCCAAGGGUUUGAGAAGCCGCGGUCUCCACUAUAUAUGCGCGAGUGGGUCGAGGGCUGGCGCGGCAUCGACUCGGAUUCGGCCGCGGCGCCGCGGCCCGGCGAGCGCGUCUUCGUCGACGGCGCUUACGACUAG